CUCCACAUGAUGUCAGGUUACAUCCUUCUUACGCUGCAGUUGGCAGUUGUAUCACUUCUAGUCACUUUGUGGCACGCCUUUCAACCAGAUACUUGGUCAAAUCGAGUAGUUUCCUACAUAAUCAAUAAAUUCCUGCUUUGGUGGUACCCAAUUUAUUCGACAGAUGGCUCUGGACACAUCCCUACCUGUCCAUAUAGAUUUCCAGAUGGGGGAGGCAGUAUCAAGUUUCUGGAGGGAGAAAGUGUCUCACGUCAGUGGGCCGAGAAAUAUGGCCCGAUCUAUCGUAUCUGGGUUGGCCUCACGCCAGAAAUCAUUUUGACCCGUGCGGAUGAAAUUAAGACGGUCUUCAAAGACUCAGGGAACCACUACAAGGCUUCAAACCUGAAUGGUGGAUGGGUGAUGGGUGAUUUAGUGGGCGAUGGUGUUGGACUCAUUAGUCAAGGACACUGGAAACGAGUUCAUGCUGUGGUUUCAACGCCAUUCACCCAGAAACCCACUGUAUACGUUCCUUUUGUUCAGUCCCGCAUUUCCCGCCACUUUUCAGAGCUAUACAAGGAGUAUGAAGGCGGGAAAUCGCUACGAAUCAAGCCGGCUGAAGAUCUUAAGCUUCUGCCUUUUUGGGUCAUUAGCGAUCUCUUAUACGGCAAUUUGUCCCCAGAGAUGACGGAUGAGCUCUUGCUCAUUACCGAUUUGCGAACCGAUGUGUUUCAAUAUGCCUUCAAAGGGGGGUUGUCACUGUUCUCCAUCAGCAAGAUAUUUUACCCCACCAUAAGAAAGAAGCUGCACACCUUCCAUACCCGCUGGGCCGAUUUCAAUCGGAGGGCAUAUCAACAUGCGAAGGACCGCGACGAUGCAUCUGCAUGUGCAAUUGUUCCCUUGUAUAGGGCCGUCGAGCAAGGUCAGAUCACGCCCACCGAGCUAAUGCACACAUUGGACGAAGCGCUGUUUGCCAACAUUGACGUGACCAUUGGGAGCUUCUCCUGGAUUCCACAAUUCCUAGCUGAGAAUGCAGGUCUUCAGAGAAAGCUGCGGGAUGAAAUAUUACAAGCCCGAUCCGACAUAGCGGCAGAUUCCUGGGUAAGAUACAUAGCUAGCAGCUCAACUCUUCUGGCAAGCUGCAUCAAUGAAUCUGCAAGGUUGAAACCAGUCACCAACUAUACCUACGCGCAAUCGAUGCCCACCGACCGGGAUGUCGGUGGAUACCGCAUUCCUAGUGGGACCUAUAUGGUGGUUGAUACCAAUGCCUUGAAUAUUUGGGAUGACGCGUGGGGCUCGGACAAGAUGGCAUUCCGCCCCGGCCGGUUUUUGGAGCAAUCCAGGUCCAAUUUUCGGUAUCGCUUUUGGCGAUUUGGAUUUGGGCCCCGCCAGUGUAUUGCACAGGCAUUGGCAGACACGAUUCUCAAGGUGUUGGUUGCGUACACCGUUGAGAAUUAUGAGGUGAAAUCCCCUGGACAGUCUGCUGUGGAUGAGAAAGGCUCCCAGAAACGAGGCGAAGCGUGGUUCAAGGUUGCCGAGCAGGAGAUCAUCCUGGAAGCACUCUAG